AUGUCGAUCUCCAGUAUUAUCCUUCCUGGUCUUACAGAUAGACCAACUAGCGUUGCUAGGAUAUUAUCCACUUUGAAAACCACCUCGUUGCUUAUUAACUCCUCGACCGUGGAAUUGACUUUGCUUUCUAAGAAAGCCAUCAACUAUGUCCAAUCCAGAGACGAAUACCUUAGAUGGACAGGCUGCCACUUGAUUAAGAUUAUCAGUGUCAAUCCUAUUGUAAUAUCCAACCACGGGGCUGAUUUCAUUACUUCUUUGAUGAAGUUGAUCAACAUUGGUACUGUCUCGCAAUUGGUAUACCAAACCGCAACCAACACCAUCUUGAGUUUAUGUUUGAUCAUCAAAGGGAAACAGUCAUUGACCAGAGAAGUGUUAACUCCUAAUUUACCAGGUUUCAUCAACACUUUGGUGAAAAAAUUGGACCUCAAGGAUCCCCAACUUUUGACCAAUUCUGUGUCGAUCUUGACGAUUUUGAUCAGAAAUCAUUCAACGAUUUUCAGACCCCAUGCCACCGCUUACGAAUCCAAGUUGAUGGGGGUUAUGAAAUCCAAAGAAUUCAGAUCUUGGGAACCUGUUGCAAGAAAACAGAUCAUCGAAUCUUUUGUGGCGUUAUCAUUGGUCAACAAAGCGGCAUCGUUACAAUGGUCAGUGGUGUUGAAAUCGGUAAUGGAAGAGUUUCAAUCGGUGUUCAAAAUGAUUUUCCAAACUUUAUUGCAACCUAAUGAAGAUGCCGAAUCGGAUAUCAUCAACUUGAUCGAACUAUUGAAGUUGAGUCUUCAUGACGCUGAAAGUAACAUGCAUAACAAAUCACAAUUCAGCCUUGCCCCAUUAUCCAUCGAUCUAAACGAUUUGAAAACCACUGGGGACUUGUUUGAUAGAAUCGCUCUCCUUACUGAUUUGAUUAUUGGCUUCAUUACCACUCCUUUGAAUGACACUAUUGUUAAUUAUCCAAUUGGGAAAUUUGUCAAUAUUGGUGAAUUGUUGAUCAAUGUCAGUGCGCAAAUCCACGGGUUCCAAAAAGAUUUGCUCAUUGGGGAUAUCAACUUAAAGCACAAUUUGAAUUUCACGUUCUCAAAAAUUCAAUUACAAGGGAUCAAAUUAUUGAACCAAUUGGUCAAAGUAUUGGGUAAGCAAUCAUUAGGGUAUUUUGAGAAAUUCACUGUGUUCACCGAAUUGGUGAUCCCAAUGAAAACCAUUAGUGUCAUCAACCCUACCACAAAUAAAACCGUGGCAAAGAAAAUCCUUGAUGUCGAACAAAUCAAAUUCCAUAAAUUUGACAUGUUGGUGUUAUUGGAAUUUGUCGGCAAUCUUUUGAAAGCCCUCGAUACUGGGAAUUUGCACGAUUUCUCUUUUAUUUUGAAACUUGUGGAUAUGACUAGCUUGAUGGUGGAAGAAGCUUCUUAUAAAGACGUUAUUGAAAAAACUAAGAAACCGGCUGCUGAUGGUUCUAACAAGAGAACCAAAAAAUCGAAAAACUCGGUGGAAUUAUCAGAUUUCAUUGCCGAUGCUAGCACCUUGAAAAUUAAGACUGAUGUCAAACUUACAACCCAGGUUUUACAAUUCUACAGCACCGUAUUGAAGAAUAUUCCUUCAUUGUCGGUAACCCAAUUGACUAAAGUCCAACAUUUUGUGAUCUUGUCGGCCAUGAGAAAGAUUUACACUGCCGGUAAUAUCACCAAUGACAUCAGGCAAGUAUUGGAAAAUUUCGUGGUUUAUCAAAACACUAAUGAAAAGUACAAUUUAUUGCCGAUAAUCAUGAACAUCAUGCGUCAGUCUGGCGAUGAUAAUAACCAGUUGCUCAGUUUGUUGCUCAAUCCAAGAUUCCCAAUAUCCAACAAGAGGGAAAUUGAACAUUAUGAUAAGGAACAAGAUGAAGAUUUAGAAAUUGAUGAAUGUAAAAUAGAAGAAGCAAAGAAACCGCAAAUCGAUUUAGAAGAAUUGAAACGUGAAUUGAGAGAAGAAGUCACUAAUGAAGUCACAGAAAAAUUAACCAGAGAAUUCGAAGAACGCGAGCUGAAAAGACGGAAAUUGAGCGAGAGGUUGCAGACUGCUGAGAUUGAAACCAAUCCGAACGUUUGGACUCAACAGAAAUUCCAAAAAGUCGAAAUCAGUAAAGAUGUGUUGCCAAAUGAUAAAGAAAUUUCCUCCAGUGAACAAAGAAUGGUUACUGAAACUGUCGUGGAAGUAACUACGGAGACAAAGAAAACAGAAGAUCAUGAUGAUGAAAAUAAUUCUGAUUUCGAAAUCCCAGAUAUCGAAAUGGACUCGAGUGAUGAAGAGUAA